UCCAUGGCUACCAAAUCCAAUGCUCCUCAAAUUUCAUAAAAAAAAAAAGCUCCAGAGCGAGCGAGCGAGCUGAGCUUUUCCAUUUAUUUUUGUAUAUAUUUAUAUAUAAUAUAAGAUAUAAAUAUAUAUAAAAUGGCGGAUUCAAGCGAUUCUAUCUCCAUUGAUAUGGAAACCAGCUCUAUUGCCGGAAAGGAGCACCUUGUAAAAACCUCCAAUGGAUUUGUUACUGUUGCCAUAUUUGGGGACCAGGACAAGCCAGCUCUAGUUACAUAUCCCGAUUUAGCUUUAAAUCAUAUGUCUUGUUUCCAAGGUCUAUUCUUAUGUCCUGAAGCAUUUUCUCUGUUAAUUCAUAAUUUUUGCAUAUACCAUAUUAGCCCCCCUGGCCAUGAGGUCGGAGCUGCUGCCAUGUCCUUUAAUGAUUCAGUGUUAUCUGUUGACGACUUAGCUGAUCAGGUUGCUGAGGUUCUUGACUAUUUUGGACUCGGUGCUGUUAUGUGCAUGGGAGUAACAGCUGGUGCAUACAUACUCACCUUGUUUGCUAUAAAAUAUACACGCCGUGUGCUUGGUCUCAUACUUGUUUCUCCUCUAUGUAAAGCACCUUCUUGGACGGAAUGGUUGUGUAACAAGCUAUUGGCAAACAUACUUUACUACUACGGGAUGUGUGGUCUGAUAAAGGAAUUACUGCUAAUCCGCUAUUUCAGCAAGGAAGUUCGCGGAGGAGCUAUAAUUCCAGAAACAGAACUAGUUCAUUCAUGUAGAAGAUUACUUAGUGAGAGACAGAGUUCAAACGUGCUCCACUUUCUUGAAGCCAUUAACGGGAGACCAGACAUCACCGAAGGAUUGAAGAGAUUGCAGUGUCGAUCCCUGAUCUUUGUGGGGGAGAAUUCUCCAUUCAAUUCCGAGUCCCUUCACAUGACUUCAAAACUAGACAGAAGAUUUAGUGCAUUGGUAGAGGUUCAAGGAUGUGGAUCGAUUGUAACGGAGGAGCAACCAGACGCCAUGUUGAUACCUCUGGAAUAUUUCCUCAUGGGGUACGGGUUCUACAGGCCCUCUCAGAUGAACGUAAGCCCACGAAGCCCAUUAAGCCCAACGUCCAUCUCCCCCGAGCUUUAUACACCAGAAAGCAUGGGCUUAAAGCUAAAACCUAUUAAAACUCGACUUUCGCAAGUCUGAAAGAAGGAGAUGUACGGCGGUAUGUUGCAAGAUUUUGUCAUUCUAUGUAUCUUGUGAGAAGUAUGUGAGGAUUAGUUGUUCCACUUGCAUAUUAUAGGAGAGAUUGUAUGGAGGUAUAUUAUUAUAGAUAUAGGAGAGAAAAUGAUAGAGAGCAAAGAUUGAAAUUAUUUUGAAAAAUUUAAGUAGAAAAGGGAUAGUCAUGUAUAUUUGCAAAAUAAAGGUUGUUUUAUACUAUGGUAAAGGAACAUUAAUUAAUUAAUAAACUUUGAAGGUGGAACCUUUCUGUCUGUA